AUGGAAAAUAAAGAGUUUAAUCUCAAGCCUAACCAAACAAUGAUCUACAGAAAUAAUUCCGAAGAUGGUCCAGAAGUCCGGUUUAUAUGCGGAACAGCUGUUCCUCUCAAGGUUGAGCUCCCAACCCAAAUUCCGGUGGGACUUAAACUCAUUGGAGCAAAAGUCCAGUCAGGAAUUCAUCACGCCGUGCUAUGCUCUCAAUCAUUAAUUACCAAGGGUACGCGAUAUGGUCCCUACAAAGGAACGGCAGUUAAACCGUCGGAUGCCGCCAAUAGUGAUAACACCGCUUUUAUGUGGGAGGUUUUCAGUAAUGGGGAUCUCAGCCAUUAUAUUGAUGGGAAAAACGAACCCGAAAACUGGAUGAAGUUUGUCAACUGUGCUAGACAUCCUGGCGAGCAGAACCUGGUGUUAGUUCAAGAUGGCGACCAGAUAUUUUACGAGUGUUGUCGAGAUAUUUCACUGGGCGAAGAGCUGCUAGUUUGGUACGGCGAUUGCUAUGUUCUGGCCAUGGGGAUUCCCGUCGGAUUCAAUAUUGAUGCUUCAAAGAGUGAAAUUCGGCAAAAGGAGUGGACAGAUCCAUCAACCGAAUACUCAUGUGAACGUUGUGGUAAAGUGUUUGCCUACAAAUAUUACCGUGACCGCCACCUUAAAUACACCCGCUGCGUUGAUCAAGGCGAUCGUAAGUUCCCAUGUACUGUCUGUAAUCGAUCCUUUGACAAACGGGAUCGGCUUCGUAUCCACGUUCUCCAUGUUCAUGAAAAGCAUCGUCCGCACCAGUGCACAGUGUGUGGAAAACGCUUUUCUCAGUCGUCCAGCCUCAAUAAACACAUGCGGGUUCACAGCGGAGAGAGACCCUACAAGUGUCCACAUUGCGUCAAAGCAUUUACUGCUUCCUCCAUUCUUCGGACACACAUUCGUCAGCACAGCGGAGAAAAGCCGUUCAAGUGCAAGCACUGCGAACGUGCAUUUGCGUCACAUGCAGCACAUGACAGCCACGUGCGCCGCACUCACACGAAGGAGAAGCCUUGUGUUUGUGAAUAUUGCGGCAAGGCCUUUGCUCAAUCAUAUGAACUAAAGUUUCAUAUCAACAUGCACACAGGAGCCAAACCUUACACCUGUGAGAAGUGUGGCAGAGCAUUUUCAAGUCCUUCGUCACGUGACCGACACCGUGCUAAUUUUGACUGCAUCACAAGAAAGAAUCGAGCUCCAAAAGUCAUGCGCAAGAACCAACUUUUAAAUACAGCAUGAAUUUUGACUGCUUAAAAACUAGGAGCUGACGAUGUGAAUGUGAAUCGUGUAUGGAAAGAAGCUACC